AAAAAAAAAUUAGAACAACUUCUCAAAUCUAGUACUCCAUAUAUUAUUUUUCUCAACAUUACCAUUUAUUCACAUAUAUAAUUGAGUUAUUAUCUCCCUCCCUCUCUCUUGAUAUGGUGACAUUAGAAACAGCUUUACUUCCAUCAAAGCUAAGGCUAUCCAAUGGCCCUUCCUCUCUUCUUAUCACAAGGAAAGACAAGAAGAAAGAACUAGUAGCCAGGUUGGUGGGGCCUGCAAUUUUUGAGGCAUCAAAGCUCAAAGUUGUGUACUUGGGGGUUAACAAUAAUCAAGAAAAAUUGGAUCCUCCAAAACUUCCAAGAACUUACACACUCACACACUGUGACAUCACCUCUAAGCUCACUCUUGCAAUCUCACAAACCAUCAACACUUCUCAGGUGCAAGGAUGGUACAACAAAUUACAAAGAGAUGAAGUGGUGGGCGUUUGGAAGAAGAUCAAAGGAAAAAUGUCACUGCAUGUACAUUGUCACAUUAGUGGUGGACACUUUCUUUUGGACUUUUUUGCUAAGCUCAGAUAUUAUAUCUUCUGCAAAGAACUCCCUGUGGUGCUUAAGGCAUUUGUGCAUGGAGAUGAAAAGCUGUUUAAGAAUUACCCAGAAUUGGAGGAAGCUUUGGCUUGGGUUUACUUCCAUUCGAAUAUUCCGGAAUUCAACAAGGUCGAGUGCUGGGGCCCACUAUACUUGGCUACCGGCGGGCCCCACUGCCACGUCUGUGAUGAUGUGGAGAUGCAGCACCAGCCAUGUCAGCAUUGUUGCACAUGUUGCACACCUAAUGUCUCCAAACCCACCAUGUAGUUAAUUGAUGUCUCCAAUCUCUUAAUUAUUUAUAAAUAUGUCCUGUGUUUUAUGUUUUCAUUGUUUUCACUUGCUUUUAGACAAUGCGAGUUUCGAUUGCUUGA